AUGAAAACAAUGCUAUAUAUUGUGCCCAUUUGUGUCAUUUUGUUCAAUAUAUUACACGCAUAUAACUGUACGGGAAUAUUGGUGACGGGCUAUUGUGGAGAUCCGGGACAUCCGGUCAAAUCGCAAGUCUCUCCCGCACAGAGUAUUUACAACGAGGACGAAAAUGUGGUCUAUAAGUGUGAUGACUACAUCUCAUUCAAACAAUACAGAAAGUGCUCAAAAGGCCAAUGGAUGGGAAAGCAUGCCGUCUGUGCUUAUUUCUCAACACUUUUUCGUUUAUCCAUUCAAUCGAUAGGAAACGCGUUCAGAGAUAAUGACGUAAAAGUGGCCAAAAUUUAUAACUCACUCAACAAUAAGUUAAUACAUGAAUACAAUAUCAACGGCUCUUUGGAACCGUUCGCCAAAUUUGGCAAUUCUUUUAUCGCCGAA